UGUUUUGUCUGACUACCUUACUUCUCAAGUGCUCCAUACUCCUGCUCGGCUAACACUUUCUCUCUCUAAAGUCUAAACCCAUCUUUCUGUCUACUGUUGCAGUGUGCAUUCCUGCAAAAGUCAUAAACAAGUCACACACCCAUCUGCCACACAAAAUUUCUAAACUCAAAACAAACCCUAUUAAUUAAUUAAUUAAUUACUGUAACAAACAAACGCCCCCUCCCCUUCCCUCACCAUUCACCAAUUAGCAUAAAACCAGCUGAUUUACACAACUCCCAAAUCUUCUCCCUCUUUUUAACUUUAUCUCUCCUCUUUUCUUCUCUUCUCUACAUGGACUUCAAUCUCAAGCAAUGGAGAGAUCAGCAACAGCAGGAGCAACAUGAGUCAGAAGAUGAGCAACAACAACACUCUGCCAAAAUCCCAAAAUAUUUUCUCCUUGAAUCUCCCCAACAACAUCAACAACACCCAGAAAUUGCUGCUCUUCCUUUGUUUGUUUCUUCUGAAUCACAACCCAACAAAAUUACCACUACCCAUUUUUCAGAGUACCCAGAUCACCAUUCUUCUAAUCCUCCUACUGCAAUUCCUACCAGAUUUCCAAGGGUUGGAGGAAGGUAUUCAUUCAGCUUGGCGCAAUGGCAAGAGCUAGAGCUGCAAGCACUGAUAUACAGGCACAUGGCAGCUGGUGCAUCAGUCCCUCCUGAGCUUCUUCAGCUGGUGAAGAAAAGCCUUCUUACUUCCUCAACUGCGCCUUAUUAUCUCCAUCAUUACUCUCCUCAUUUCCAGCCUGCUGCUGCCUUGUUGCAAGCAGGGUAUUGGGGAAAAGGGUCAAUGGAUCCGGAACCGGGGCGGUGUAGGAGAACAGAUGGGAAGAAAUGGAGAUGUUCAAGGGAUGUGGUGGCUGGUCAUAAGUAUUGCGAGCGCCACAUGCACCGUGGCCGCAAUCGUUCAAGAAAGCCUGUGGAAUUUCCUGCUACUGCUACUGCUACUGCUACUGCUUCUGUUUCUGCUGGUGAUGCCCUUGUUGGGUCACUCAAUAAGCCUUCUGCUGCUGCUUCUGUUAGUGCAGAAUCCCAAUUCUCACUCUCCAGAUCGGGAGCUUCUUCUUUUGAUGCCUUCCAUCUCAAUCCAGGUAGGUCAUCAUCUGACAGGAAAACUCUGUUUGGACCUCAACUUGAAUCAUCAACUUGUAUAGAUAAUGGUGGGAAAUCUGAUAACAAUAGCAGCAAAGUGUUAAUGCAAUUCUUUGAUGACUGGCCGAGAUCUGACAACGGUGAAGGCAACACUAUUACAUCGUCGUCAGGACUCUCUAUAUCAACAACGUCGGAUUUCUUAAGGCUGUCUACCGGGAACGGUGAUGAACUAGGUCGGAUGGACGGAAACGAGAACCAAGAGAGAGAAAGAGGUAAUCGAUUGAGUUGGGGUGCUGAUGGGUGGGGAACAAAUCCAGUGACUUCAAUGGGAGGCCCAUUAGCUGAAGCCUUGAGAUCAUCAAGCAACUCAUCCCCCACCAGUGUCUUACACCAGCUACCUCGUUGUUCUGCUACUGACACUAGUUUUGUUAGUACCUGAAGAUGGCCCAGACUUCUUUUUUUUUUUUUUUUGUCCAAGGAAAAUAAAAACAACUUCUUUGUAUUUUGAGCAUAAGGUCUUAUCUUCCACCAUCCUCUUGUAUUUUUCCAACUGUACAACGCUCAACUUACCCCCACAAACUGUGUGCAAGGUGCUUAUCUGGGUGAUCUUUUCGUUAAUGAAACCUGUGGCUAAAUUACAGCCGUGUUCAGAAAACUCCAGAAAAUAUUACAGGAAUACAUGAAAAACAGAGGCUGAUAAUUAGCUUGA